CGUACGGAAAGGACAGCUUGCACCCGAACUGCAAGGGGACUAACAUCCCAGCGGGAAGACUGCUAUCAUGGGUGACAGUGACGAAAAUGUGCAGCGUGGCAACUGGUCCGCGAAGGCUGACUAUCUGCUCUCAGUGACUGGCUGUGCUGUGGGUUUGGGCAAUGUUUGGAGAUUCCCCUACCUGGCGUACAGAAAUGGAGGAGGUGCCUUUCUUAUUCCUUACACAGUCAUGAUGGUAUUUGUUGGGAUGCCAAUGUUCUUCUUGGAAUCUUCCUUUGGGCAGUUUGCCAGCCUUGGACCUGUUGCGAUAUGGAAAGCGGUGCCAAUUCUUCAAGGUCUGGGAAUCACUAUGGUCAUUCUCAUUUCUGUUGGCACCAUUUCCUAUUGCUGCAUCAUUGCCUUCAGCCUGUUCUACCUGUUUGCCUCCUUCCAAUCCUCCUUGCCGUGGACAGACUGCUUCAGCUGGUGGGGUGCAGAUGAAACCUGCAGCAUAACUCCCAGAGAUCCUCUUUGCAAUCUCACUAUGGAUGAUGGAUAUUUUGAAAUUGUUAAUGCAACGUGGUUGCUUGCAAACAAUAAGACUUGUUCAAAUGGAUCAGAAAGCCAUGUCCCUCACCAGGGCCCAAGCCAGCAAUACUGGGACAAAGAGGUUUUACGCCAAUCAGCUUCAAUUGAUGAGACAGGGGAGAUAGUCUGGCAUAUAGCCCUCUGUCUGUUUCUGGCCUGGUUAAUUAUUGCUGCUUCUUUAUCUAAAGGAAUCAAAUCUUCAGGAAAGGUGGUUUAUUUUACUGCAUUACUCCCUUAUAUGAUUCUAACCGUACUUCUGAUCCGAGGACUGACCCUGGAAGGAGCCUACAAAGGCAUUGAGUUCUAUAUUGGAAGCCAGUCAGACUUCUCAAAGUUGGCUAAUGCUGAGGUCUGGAAAGAUGCAGCAACUCAGAUUUUCUUUUCCUUCUCUGUGGGCUGGGGAAGUUUAAUAACCCUUUCGUCCUACAACAAGUUCCACAACAACUGUUACAUAGACACCAUCACUAUCUGUUUCGUGAAUUGCGCUACGAGUGUGUUUGCUGGGUUUGCCAUCUUCUCCAUCCUUGGACACAUGGCUCACAUGCAAGAUAAGCCUGUUUCAGAAAUUGCUCAGUCAGGUCUUGAUUUGGCUUUCAUUGCCUACCCAGUGGCUCUUGGACAGCUGCCGUGGGCACCACUGUGGUCCGCAUUGUUUUUCCUCAUGCUUGUCACCCUGGGACUUGACACUCAGUUUGCAAGUUUAGAAGCAAUUAUAACGGCGUUGAUGGACCAUUUCCCUAAGCUUCUGCAAUCAAAGCGGCUUUAUGUGACAUCUGCUGUUUGCUUAUUAAUUUAUCUCGUUGGACUUGUAUGUGUUACCCAGGCUGGGAUUUACUGGAUAAAUUUAAUAGAUUAUUUCUGUACUGGAUGGAUUCUUAUAUCAGUGGCUCUAAUGGAACUCAUUGGAAUCAGCUGGAUUUAUGGUGCAGAGCAGUUCAUCAAGGAUAUUGAGAUGAUGAUUGGAAGAAAGAAUUAUAUCUUCUGGACAUGGUGGAAAUUGUGUUGGCUCUUCAUUUCACCAUGCUUGCUGGCAGGCACCUUAAUCUGGUCUCUGACAACCUUAGCUCCACUGAAACAUGGGAGUGUUGAAUACCCUGCCUGGGCAUCAGUACUUGUGUGGUGUAUGGUCACCUUCUCUGCUAUGUGGAUCCCCAUUGUUGCCAUUAAGAAAGUUGUCCAAGCUGAGGCCUCAUCUUUAUGGCAGAAACUCUGCUCUGCUUGUGCACCAGCUCCUGAUUGGGGUCCUUAUCUUGAGCAACACAGAGGGGAAAGAUACCGAAGGUCUUAUCCUGCAGAAGCACCAAACCAUAUUGAAAGUGUUACUGAAUCUGAGGUGUGAACUGUUGAGAGAAGAUCUGUACCUGUUCUGAUGGCCUCACUGUAACUUCAAGAGCCAAA